UCCGGACGCGGCGAAACAGAAGGAAAAAAAUACAUUGCACAUCCAAUGGAAUGGAUUAAUAAUUGACAGUAGCUAGAUAGCUGCUCGAAAGUAAUCAUUUCAACCACAAAACAGAUGUGAUUAUCAAAACGGGUAUUCUGGACGCUUGUUUUUUAAGUCUCUAAAUAUAUUUGCGUCAGUCCAUAAAUGACUGUCCUAUCUGAGGAGACGGUGUUUCCAGGUCUGAAUAGCUAAACUAGUUAGCUAGCUACCCAAUGCUAGCUGGUUAGCGGAUACAUUUCUGCGAGCUAACAUUAGGUGGCCAGUUUUGGUUUGGUAUCUGUGGUUAAUCCGAAAAUUGUAUUUGUGUCUCAUAAUUUUUAGCAGUGCCGGUGAUGUGUUUACUUAUUUCGUUGCAGUUUAAACGUGUUUUAAAGGCACGACUUAACGUUAACGUUUUGACUCCUUUGGCUGUAGGCUAGCUAGGUAGCUAGUAGAAGGUCAACAUUGUUGAACCCUGCUAGCUACAGCUGACUACAGUGGGUGGGAUAGACACUUCUCAGCAAACCGUCAGCUACAGCUAUGCGCAAUGAGGUAUAAACAGAGUGGGUGUUUCAGCUAUCCAGAUAUAGACAGUUGUUCAUUAGUUAGUCAUUAGCUAGCUAACUGGGAAAGUAGCUAUAACGUUACCUGCUGGCUGAAGUUACUCAAUUCUCUCCAACCAUGAUCAAGUUGAUGCGCACGAAAAUACCUCAAUAACAACAGCCAAUACCUGGAAAGAUGGAUUUCACGUGGACUUCAGCCAUACUUAAAAAUCCCCCGAUUCUACUUUCAAAAUUACAUUUUCAGACAACUGUCUUAGCUACUUUUUGAUUUUUGCUGACAGGACAACUUUCCCUGUUUUGUUUUGGAGAGUAGUGGUUUGACUUGGGAUCUCUGGUAGAUUUUUGAAUGUAAUUAUAGUUAGUUUCUUUCUCAAUAACAGUGGACGAUGAAUGGCCUAUCUGUCAGUGAGCUAUGCUGCCUGUUCUGCUGCCCCCCCUUUCCGAGCCGUAUUGCUGCCAAGCUUGCCUUCCUGCCUCCUGAGCCUACAUAUUCCCUCCUCCCAGACCUGGAGGGGUCUGCAGACCCGGGGACAGCAGGGACCGCAGGGCUAAGAUCCAGAGGUAGUGGGGUACAUGGAGUUGCUGUAGGGGGUUCAGGCAGCACUGGUCCUGCAGAAGGAAAAUGGAAGCUCCACCUGACAGAGCGAGCUGAGUUCCAGUAUUCCCAGAGAGAGCUGGAUGCUACAGAGGUGUUCCUUACCCGCUCCAGUCGUGGCAACAGAGUGGGCUGCAUGUACAUCCGCUGUGCCCCCACUGCCAGGUUCACAGUGCUGUUCUCCCACGGCAACGCGGUGGACCUUGGCCAGAUGAGCAGCUUCUAUAUCGGCCUGGGAACGCGUAUCAACUGCAACAUCUUCUCCUACGACUACUCCGGCUACGGUGUCAGCACGGGCAAGCCUUCAGAGAAGAACCUCUACGCUGACAUUGACGCUGCCUGGCAGGCCCUGCGCACACGAUAUGGCAUCAGCCCAGAGAACAUAAUCCUGUACGGGCAGAGCAUUGGCACUGUACCCACGGUCGACCUGGCAUCACGGUAUGAGUGUGCCGCCGUGGUGCUCCACUCCCCCCUCACCUCUGGCAUGCGGGUGGCCUUCCCAGACACCAAGAAGACCUACUGCUUUGAUGCUUUCCCCAACAUUGAGAAGGUGUCUAAGAUCACGUCGCCGGUGCUGAUCAUCCACGGGACGGAGGACGAGGUGAUCGACUUCUCCCACGGCCUGGCUCUGUUCGAGCGCUGUCCCAAGGCCGUGGAGCCACUCUGGGUGGAGGGGGCGGGACACAACGACAUCGAACUGUACAGCCAAUACCUGGAGCGCCUGCGCCGCUUCAUUGGCCAGGAGCUGGCUGCACAGCACGCCUGAUACCCCCACACCACCUCGGCCUCCAGGUUCCAGUCCUCCUCUGGCUCCGUGCUGUUCCCCUGGUCGGAGUGGGUCAGUGGAAAUGGGUGGCUUUGUCUGGGAGGAACGGGUGGAGGGCUGAAGCCUGGCCUCUCAGAAUGAAUAAUCCUUCACCUUUUGAUCAACUUUGUCUGGAUGCUCGCAGCCCUGUCUUUGUUGUUUUUCAUCUUCUGUCUCUGUCUCCGUCAUUAUUCCUGGUCAGGGAUUCUCUAGUCCAGGGUUUCCCAAACUUGGUCCUGGAGGCAACUUUAACUAACAACCCUAACAUGGACAAAUAAUUGAGUGAUGAAUAUUUGUCAUUUUCUCUUUUAUAACACAACAUGACACUGAGCCACUACUUUACAAAUCAUGUGGUAUUGACAGAUGAGUAUAACUGUGUCCUGUUUGAAUGCAGGUUUGUUGCUAAUGUUUUGUGUGGAAUCUUUAUCUUCUUUGCUCUCUCUCUCGUUUACAAUUAAGCUGUCAGAUUAAUAGUCCUUGUCUAUGAAUAAUUUGUUUCAUAGACAUAUAAAUCGUACGUUUUUAUAAUUAUUAAGCAUGGAUUCAUUUGAAUCCAGAAAGUGAUUAGAGCAAAAAUUAUUGUAAAAAGUUGCUGAAUUAUUGCUUUGGCUGAAGUCCAAAAUCUCAGCCAAAUUCAUUGUUUCAAAAGCAUUCUUAAGUCGCUUGCAUAUCUCUAAGGCAUGAUUGAUUUCUAGCUCGGCAACCGCUGUUAUGUUUCACACACUGAACUAAAUUCACCUCUUACUGGGUUUCUGUCUGAAAUGGAAGUUCCACAUCCAGCUUAAGAUGUUUUCAAAGGCUUUUUUGUAAGUGUAAGUGAUCUUUAUAAGUGAUUUACAGAGUUGUACAUACAAUUUCACUUUAGGUAUUUCUAAUCAGUGAGUUUAUUUCAUACCUCCAAAAACACUAAAUCAUUGUGAAUCACUAAGCUUUUGCCGGUAAUGGCCAUUCACAUAGUAAAUUGGGUCGGGUCAGUUAAGACUAAGCUGGAUGGAGGAUUAACUGAACUUGCUGCUAAAGAUUAGGAUCAAAUGGAUUGAAAAGGGUCAAACUCUCCACAUCCAUUAAUGCAGCUUAGUUUGAGGGGAAUUGAACAGUCAUGUUUCAAUAAUGUUAUUUACGCUGUACAGUGGAGUCGGUGAUGUACAGUACUCGCUGCUGGUCCUAUAUGACAUUUGAAAACACGUAUUCAGCCUUGUCAUGUUACAUGUGUGAUUUAGUGGCUCGUGUACUUCAUUUUAGGGUAAAUAACACUUCAUUAUAACAUUAGUAGAGCUAUGGAAUAGGAUGUGCUCUAUUUUGUUAUUGACUAGGUUUAUUUCCAGCAGACUCCCUUUACAGCUCCAACUAGCCCUUUUCACUCACUUCGUCCUGUUGCCACACUAUUUCAGACAGACUUGGGAUUCCACCAUUUCUGACCGUCUGUGUGUGAAAGUUGACUUGAGCGAAUGCCCAACAUCUCUGGCAGAUGGGGUCUACCACCACAAGAUAGUGGAGAUCCUUUGGUUGGGUUUUGGGGGAGUCAGGAUAACAUGUACAUAGCAACCAAAGUUUAACAGGAAAUGUUCUGUCUUGAACAAAGCAUACCUGCUCUUCUAAUGGUAUGUUAAUCAGAACCAAAGAAAAAGUCCAUCACAUGACCCAUAGUACAGGGUUUCUUGUCAGUCACCACAUAUAGUUAGGGAACAAAAGUUGUGCGCCCUGAAUCAGCCAGGAUAUGCUGUUUAGUUUGGGACAGCUUGAGCGUGUUUACUCCCUAUGAUGGACAAUUGUAUAGAGAAUACAAGUAAUACAACUUAUUUCUGUGUCUGGGUGGCCUGAGAGAGGAGCAUGUGUGGGAGGUAGGGUUGCAAAAUUCUGGGAACUUCCAAGAAAUUCACUUGUUUUCCCGAAAUCCCAGUUGGAGGGUUACCGGAAGCAGGAGGGAAUAAGCAGGAAAUACAGAAUCCUCCAACCAGGAUUUAUGGAAAACCAGGGAAUAUAUUGAAAGUUCAUGGAAUUUUGCAACCCUAGUGGGAGGUGACGGACUGACUGUACUUGGAGUGUGAGAGGAGCUCCAGACAGACACAUUCCGAGCUUUUGUUUGAAGAAACUAAGUUAUGGAAAAAACACAUUUUAUUCAAAUGUAUGUGCUAUCUCUGUAUGGAUUUUUUGGGGGUGAGGGUUGGGAUCCAAGGGGAUGAUGGGGGUUGAUGUGUUAUUCUAUCCAGUUAUGCAUGGUUUAUUAUUUACAACUUUGUUAUAUUAUGUUUUUAAAAUGUUUUUCCUUUGUUCCAAAAAAAACAAAUAGAUAAAAUAAACCUUCCAUGUCUGUAACGUGA